AAGUGGGAAGCAUGCCAGCAAAGCCACCAUAUACAUCACAACUUUUGACCGGUAGUGUAAAUAUAUUUUAUUUUAGCUAAAACGUGUGGGGCUAUAAACCGGUGGCGCUCUGCCACUGUGUGUGUCAGAGAGAAGCAGCCAUUUCCAGUGUUACAUUCUUACCUUUUCAUUCUUCCAGCGAGAUCCACGUCUAAAAUGACUUUUCAUGUUCAUAAAUGCUCUUUCGCGCACUUUCCCGAACCUGUUGCCUAUUGCCUUUUCAAAACGGUGCAGAAUGUUGGCUCGCCGCCCUGUGUUCAGCUCUACUGGUGUGGUGUCAGGUUGCCUCCAACUCUAGAAUAUUCACCGGCUUUCCCAGAGCGUCGCAACGGCUGCAGGAACUAAUAUUAGUUACUGCAGCUGGCAAAGCCGGUGAAUAUUCUAGAGAUUUACGUGUCACAGAAGAAGUGUGAUCAUUCUAGAAAGCUGUUUUUAUGUAUAUAAGCCAUGGAUCUCUCUCAGUUGAGGUAUAUGUAUUUUUGGAAUAACCACACGACUCAAGAGCAAAGACCCGAGCAGGGGGGCGGAAACCACUCAGGACUCGAAACGAGGUCCUUCAAUAUAUCGAAGAGAAGAACCAAGCUGUCUACCGUUAAACUCAAACAACGACAAAAUUAACCAAGAUGUCUUCAGCAAAGGGAGUAUCCAUUGGCAUUGACCUGGGCACCACCUACUCCUGUGUGGGGGUGUUCCAGCAUGGCAAGGUGGAGAUCAUCGCCAACGACCAGGGAAACAGAACAACCCCCAGCUACGUGGCCUUCACCGACACAGAGAGACUCAUUGGAGAUGCAGCAAAGAACCAGGUGGCCAUGAACCCCACUAACACUGUGUUCGACGCCAAACGCCUGAUUGGCAGGAAGUUCGACGACCAGAUUGUUAAGUCAGACAUGAAGCUGUGGCCCUUCAAGGUGAUCAGCGACGGUGGAAAGCCCAGAGUCCAGGUGGUGUACAAGGGAGAGACCAAGGCCUUUUACCCCGAAGAGAUCUCCUCAAUGGUCCUCGUCAAGAUGAAGGAGAUUGCUGAGGCCUACGUGGGCCAGAAGGUGUCCAAUGCAGUCAUCACAGUGCCAGCCUACUUCAACGACUCCCAGAGGCAGGCUACUAAAGACGCUGGGGUGAUCGCUGGACUGAACGUCCUGAGGAUCAUCAAUGAGCCCACGGCGGCGGCUAUCGCCUAUGGCCUGGACAAAGGCAAGAGAGGGGAGCGCAAUGUUCUCAUCUUCGAUCUCGGCGGAGGCACCUUUGACGUCUCCAUCCUGACCAUCGAGGACGGGAUAUUUGAGGUGAAGGCCACAGCCGGGGACACUCACCUGGGAGGGGAGGAUUUUGACAACCGCCUGGUCAACCACUUUGUGGAGGAGUUCAAGAGGAAGAACAAGAAGGACAUCAGCCAGAACAAGAGGGCAGUGAGAAGGCUGAGGACCGCCUGUGAGAGGGCCAAGAGAACCCUCUCCUCCAGUACCCAGGCCAGCAUCGAGAUCGACUCCCUCUUCGAAGGCAUGGACUUCUACACCUCCAUCACCAGGGCUCGGUUUGAAGAACUCAACUCGGAGCUCUUCAGGGGAACCCUGGACCCGGUCGAGAAGGCCCUGAAAGACGCUAAGAUGGACAAGGCUCAGGUCCACGAGAUAGUCCUGGUCGGUGGCUCCACUCGAAUCCCUAAGAUUCAGAAGCUCCUGCAGGACUUCUUUAAUGGAAGGGAACUCAACAAGAGCAUCAACCCAGAUGAAGCGGUGGCAGGCGGCGCUGCUGUCCAAGCGGCCAUCUUGAUGGGCGACACCUCUAAGAACGUCCAGGACCUUCUCCUCCUUGACGUGGCUCCUCUGUCCCUGGGCAUCGAGACGGCUGGAGGGGUCAUGACCGCCCUGAUCAAACGUAACACCACCAUCCCCACCAAGCAGACCCAGAUCUUCUCCACCUAUGCUGACAACCAGCCAGGUGUGCUCAUCCAGGUGUACGAGGGAGAGAGAGCCAUGACCAAGGACAAUAAUCUGCUGGGAAAGUUUGAGCUCACGGGUAUCCCUCCCGCUCCGAGGGGAAUUCCACAGGUCGAGGUGACCUUCGACAUCGACACUAACGGCAUCCUGAACGUGUCGGCGGUGGAUAAAAGUACAGGCAAGGAGAACAAGAUCACCAUCACCAACGACAAGGGGCGACUCAGUAAAGAAGACAUAGAGAGGAUGGUGCAGGACGCAGACAAAUACAAAGCUGAGGACGAUGCCCAGAGGGAGAAGAUAGCAGCCAAGAACGGGUUGGAGUCCUACACGUUCAACAUGAAGAGUAGUGUAGAAGAUCCAAACCUGGCAGGGAAGGUCAGCGAGGAUGACAAGAAGAAGGUUGUUGAGAAGUGCAACCAAACUAUCUCCUGGUUGGAGAACAACCAGAUGGCUGAGAAAGAGGAGUUUGAAUACCAACAGAAGGAGCUGGAGAGGGUGUGUAACCCAAUCGUAUCCAAGCUCUACCAGGGGGCGGGAGGGGCUAGUCCAAUGGGGAGUUGUGGCAGCCAGGCUGGGGGCGGUGCUAGCUCCCAGGGCCCUACCAUUGAAGAGGUGGACUAAAUAAUCAAUCAGUAAAUCAAUUGCCGAUCAAUGGAUCAAUCACUAAAGAGGCCUCAUAAGCUAAUGGUGCUUCUAAUAUAGGUACUGUUUGUCAGCUAGCUCAACUUUCAUACCACUAUAUAUGUACAUAGAUUUGCUGUCACUACAAGUGCACUUUAUUUUUUGUGUCAAAUCUUCAAUCCUAAACUGUUUGCAGAAAUUCAUUAAAUGGUGAUUAUGUGCAUCAGAA